AUGAAUAUGUCAGAUGAUGAAGAUGACCAAAGCUUUCACGCUACGCGUGACGGCUACUCCCAUUUGAGCGAUGUCGAAUGGGAUGCGGUUGAACGGAUGGGCUCAACCAUGGGCAUCCAUGCUGUUAACGUCAUGCUAGAGGCUCUCAACAGAGAUGCCCAACAUGCUACUAUCGCCAAGUCCAUUCAAAAUGAACUUGACGCAGAACGCGAGAAAGUAGCCUUGCUUCACCAACAAGGUUCUCAACAAGCACAGUUGUUGAGAGAACAGGGUGCUCAACAGUUUGAACUGUUGAGACAGCAGCAGGCUGCUGCUGGUGGGUCGAUGCAUUCGCGUCGACCCGAGACAUUGAACAUUGACAUCUCCAAGCAUAGGGGAGUCGAAGAGGACUCCCUCUUGAGAUGGUUCGUCAAAUUAGACGACGCCAUAAGGGCGCGUCGCAUCGACGACGGGGAUAUGCAAGUUGCAUUUUCCCAAUCAAAUCUGGCAGGACGUGCCAAGACUUAG